AUGGAAGCACUCAGAAACAUCGAAAACCAGCAGUCAACGUACGGUUGUAAGCGCUGCGGCGAAAAAUUCAGUAGCGGGCGGGCACUCGGAGGGCACCAGAAGAAGCACAGAGUCGAGGAUCAAGAUGCAGCAGGAGCGAGGGUCGCGUUCAGUACGCGCAAUGGACAACCGGUACUAAUCAACUCGUCACAACAACAAAUACAACAAGAAGACUUUGAAAACCUGCACCAAGAGGGUCCAAAUGGCAUCUGCCUCUUCUGCUUGAAACGGGCACCGCUGAAACUGCACUUUAAUCAUUCGAGGAUCCUCGCGUCCGCAAUCAAAAAGGCGAGAAAAGGAAAAUUGGGGGUGAAACGGGGUGGUAGUCCUCCUGCAGAGAGGAGUUUAAACAUUAUGGCGAAUGCUAGCAGCAGCACUAUUAGUGCAGGGACUAAGAAGAAAAGGGCAGUUUCAGUUGUUGAAGCAGAAAGCGGUGGCAAAAAGGAGUAUUUGUACUUCUUCAUUGAUUUAUGGAACAAAAGAGUUUUGCUGGUCUACGAGCAUGAGUUACCUAUACAGUAA